UCGACAAGUGUACCACGAUCGCCCCCAAGAGCCGAUCAGCCACCAGUCUUUCAGUUCGAAGGUCUUAACAUCGCCAAUCAAUCGUCGGUUUUUCAGUUUGGAGCUCCAAGCAUUGCGAAUCAAUCCCGCUUCAUCACCCCGGCAAUCUCUCAACAUGACGAGUCGCUACUCACUCCUACCCGGUCUACCUCAACCUAUGCAGACCAGCAUAAUGCUUCCCCAAGCCCAGUCCCUACACGCGUCGCGAAUCCCCGCAUCAGUCAGGCUCGGCAAACCUCGAUGGCCUCUGGCUUUACCAUAUUCCGCAACGUAAAUGAGCACCCCGUCGAGCCGUUGGGAUCUGAAAGACAGACUGAAAAUACGGAAAUGCCAAGAGCAUUCUCAGAAGGUCUGCCCCAUUCAGACCGAAGCGUAUCGAUUGUCCCUAGGCAACCUCAAAAUGCGAAUCAAAGAAGAAUUCGUGAGGAGUCGCUUCCAAGCGUGCCAAUCUAUGACGUUCGUCUUCAAGACCAAGUGAAGGAAGUGAAGAGCAAGUUGGCCAGCCUUGCCACCAGCAUAGGCUCCUCGGCGCUAGCGCAUGACCAAUCCUCCAGCUUACAUGCUCACUAUGAGAAAGUAAAGAAGGCUAGCAAGUUCGAAUAUCCUGAGAUUCGAACUGUGGGAUUCAUCGGUGACUCCGGAGUUGGCAAGAGUUCAUUAAUCAACUCACUCUUGGACCAGAGGGGACUCUCGCGCUCGAGUAGCGAUGGAGCAGCGUGCACCUGUGUUGUCACAGAGUUCAGACACAUUGACGAGACUCACACCGGCCCGUUCACCAUCGAAGCGGAGUUUAUGAGCACCGGGGAAAUGAAAGAGCUUUUGGAGGAACUUUUGCUGAGCUUCCGAGAAUGGUUCGUCCCUUCCGCAAGACAAGAGAUCGAAAGUGAAGCAGCGCGACAGGAAUGUCAACGUGCUGCUGAACGAGCGUGGGAAACAUUCCGGUCAUUGUUCAAGAGUCAGCCAGGAUUAACAAUUGGCUUUUUAUCUGAUGAUCAACACGGCGCUGAUGAAACAAUUCUUCAUCAGCUAGAGCGAUGGGCGUACGCUGGAUUAACACAUCGGCCUGGUGGUGCCCAGGCAGUUGACUAUUCGGCUACUGCCAGCGAUGUGUUGGACUGUCAGGACCUGCUUGACAUCCUCACGGCUGACCAUCAAGGAAAUGAGCUACCAGCACUCUGGCCGUUUAUUAAGAUAAUCAGGGUUUAUCUUAGUUCGCCUGUUUUACGAACUGGCCUGGUGUUGGCCGAUCUUCCUGGAUUCCGCGACAUGAACUUUGCAAGAGUCAGAGCUACAGAACGAUAUCUGAAGCACAAGUGCGAUGAAGUGUUUAUCGUGGCAAAUAUCAUACGAGCCAGCACAGAAGACUCAGUUCACGACAUCAUGAAAAGAUGUAAGCCUGACCAGCCACGACGAAUUGUUUGCACGAGAUCAGAGGACGUAUCAGCCGAAGAAUCAACUCGUGGCAGAGAUCAAAGCGGUCGGCGUGUUGAACAGAUGAAUCGAGAUCUUGAGAGAAUCAGAGAUAAGAUUGAGGAAAUUGAAGUUGCUCGAGAGAAUGAAGCCAAUCGUAGUAACUCAGAGCUUGCUCUUAGGGAAUCACAGCUCCGUGACCGGGAAAGAACGCUUAAUUUUGAAAUCACGCAACACUUGAUUAUCCAAAGGAACGAAAAGGUCUCCCGAGAGCUUCUGGAGGAACAUACAGAUAUCAGAGUGUUUUGCGUCAGCAACACACUAUAUACGAAAUGGCGUGCAAGCCGAACUCACCAAGCUGAGGCUUAUGUCAAUUUGAGUGGUAUCCUCGAGCUUCGUCGCUACUGUCAGCUUGUUCCUGCAGAGGCUCAACUGCUUGCUACACGGACGUUUUUUGAUCACGAAGUGCAUGGACUACUAUUGUCUUUGCGACAGUGGGUUCUAGCUGGGGCCGACUCUGUGACAGCAGAACGGGCUACAGCAUUACGCAGACUUAUAGGGAAUGUGGAAAAAGCGCUUGUUCGGGAAUCCACCUCACCGCAAGCCUAUGUGACUCGGAUACAGGACGAAUUGAAAAUUCGUUAUAACACGUUGAUCAAUGAUUUCGCUAGGAGUUACCGCGGGGAAUGGAAGAACAUAGGUAUCGAGACCAGCGAGCAAUGGGCAUCGUGGCACCACUCUACAUAUAAGGUGUACUGCGCGCAUUAUGGAACCUACUCUACAGACAAAGAGCCAAACCGUUCUUGGAAUGAUGAGUUGAUGCGUCCGACACGCCCCCAAUUGAAUCCUCAAUGGGAAAUCCUACUUGAAUGGUUGGAAUCACAGAUAGACAGCUCGGCUCAGGAUAUUUCCGAUCUCUUCCAGAGGGCUUCCAGGGAAAUUAAUGGAGGCGGGAGCGAUCGAAGACGAAAGAACAUCAUGUACAACCAUCUUGACCGUUCGAAUAUCUUCCAUGAUCUUUCUCGCGUUACACUGGGAGAAUACAAGAAGAUAUUAGUGGCUUCGUUCAAGAACUUGCAGGACAGGAUCAAUGAGGAAAUUGUGAAUAUUACGCGGGACUUACAUGCUGUAGUCUCAGAAGCGGGUCAACUUCACGAGGCACAACGGGAGCCGGAAUUGGCACGAGAACUGAAACUGGAUGUUGAAGAUGCAAUGGGAAUUUUGACAAAUGCUCAAAAUGUGAUUGGAAUAGUGGUCACAGAGUUUGCUGCUAGGCCUUCCAGUUGA